CCGCAUCGCUCUGCAGCCCGCACCCCGCCACCACCAUGGGGCUCCUGCUCAAGCCUGGAGCGCGCCAGGGAAGCGGCGCCUCUUCCGUCCCAGCCCGCAGCUGUCCCCGCUCUGUCUUCUGUAACAUUAAGGUGUUCGUGCUUUGUCAUGGCCUCCUGCAGCUCUGCCAGCUCCUCUACAGCGCCUACUUCAAGAGCAGCCUCACCACCAUUGAGAAGCGCUUUGGGCUCUCCAGUUCUUCCUCAGGUCUCAUUUCCAGCUUGAACGAGAUCAGCAAUGCCACCCUCAUCAUCUUUGUCAGUUACUUCGGCAGCCGGGUGAACCGGCCCCGGGUGAUUGGCAUCGGGGGUCUCCUCCUGGCGGCAGGUGCCUUUGUCCUCACCCUCCCACACUUCCUCUCGGAGCCCUACCAGUACACCUCGGCCAGCAUCGGAAACAGCAGCCGCUUCCAGACCGACCUCUGUCAGAGGCAUUUGCAGGACCUGUCCCCCAGUAAGUGCCGCAGCACCAUGCCAGACACCCAGAAGGAGACCAGCAGCAUGUGGGGCCUGAUGGUAAUUGCCCAGCUGUUGGCUGGCAUUGGCACGGUGCCCAUUCAGCCUUUUGGAAUCUCCUAUGUGGAUGACUUCGCAGAGCCCACCAACUCACCUUUGUAUAUCUCCAUAUUAUUUGCUAUUGCUGUGUUUGGACCGGCUUUUGGGUACCUGCUAGGCUCGGUCAUGCUGCGGAUCUUUGUGGACUAUGGCAGAGUGGACACAGCUACGGUGAACUUGAGCCCCGGUGACCCACGAUGGAUCGGAGCCUGGUGGCUGGGCCUGCUCAUCUCUUCAGGCUUCUUGGUUCUCACUUCUUUACCCUUUUUCUUCUUCCCUCGAGCCAUGCCCAGUGGAGCAGAGACGUCUCCUGAUAUAGCAGAAGAAACAAGGAAGAUGGAGGAGGACCAGUCAAGAGGCUCCCUGAUGGAUUUCAUUAAACGGUUCCCCCGCAUCUUUCUGAAGCUGCUGAUGAACCCUCUCUUCAUUCUGGUGGUCCUGACCCAGUGCACCUUCUCAUCUGUCAUCGCUGGCCUCUCCACAUUCCUCAACAAGUUCCUGGAGAAGCAGUAUGGUGCCUCGGCCGCCUAUGCCAACUUUCUCAUUGGUGCUGUAAACCUUCCUGCUGCAGCCCUCGGGAUGCUGUUUGGAGGAAUCCUCAUGAAGCGUUUUGUUUUCCCUCUGCAAACCAUCCCCCGUGUGGCUGCCACCAUCAUCACCAUCUCCAUGAUCCUCUGUGCCCCUCUCUUCUUCAUGGGAUGUUCUACCCCUCCUGUGGCCGAGGUCUAUCCCCCCAGCACAUCAAGUUCUAUACAUCCGCAGCCUCCUGCCUGCCGCAGGGACUGCUUGUGCUCAGAUUCCAUCUUCCACCCCAUCUGUGGAGACAAUGGAGUUGAGUACAUCUCUCCUUGCCACGCUGGCUGUAGCAGCAUCAACAUGAGUUCUGCAGCCUCCAAGCAAGCGAGGUAUUUGAACUGCAGCUGUGUAACCGGAGGCUCUGCUUCAGCAAAGACAGGAUCGUGCCCUGUGUCCUGUGCCCACUUCCUGCUCCCAUGCAUCUUCCUCAUCUCCUUUGCGGCGCUCAUAGCCUGCGUCUCCCACAACCCCCUCUACAUGAUGGUUCUCCGGGUGGUGAAUCAGGAUGAAAAGUCAUUUGCCAUCGGGGUACAGUUCUUGCUGAUGCGCUUGUUGGCCUGGCUGCCAUCUCCAGCCCUGUAUGGCCUCCUCAUCGACUCCUCCUGUAUCCGGUGGAACCAUUUGUGCUCAGGGAGGCGAGGAGCCUGUGCCUACUACAACAACGAUGCUCUCCGGAACAGGUACCUGGGCCUACAGGUGGCCUACAAGGCACUGGGUACGCUGCUGCUCUUCUUCAUCAGCUGGAGGGUGAAGAAGAACAGGGAGUACAACUUGCAGGAGAAUGCCUCGGGCCUCAUCUGACCCUCAGCCCGGGCCACCGCCCUGUCUAGAGACUGGAACCUGCCUCCUUCACACCUACUUGUAUUUACUAGUGUUAACAUGUCUUUUCCUUUUUUUUAAAAGAAAGCCCCACUCACACUUUUCCUUACCUGCCUCUUCCUCCCAAAGUCUGCCCCAUGUUUCCUGGGGGCUGAAGUGUACCUGAACUGGUUACGCACAGACCUAGAGGGCCCAGUCUUCCUAAGUCCUUAGAAGGGGCCCUACACUAGUAGAGGCUCACCUCAGUACUGGGUCUUCCGACAAGAUGUCCAUGAGGUGCCCCUGCCCUCACCAAUCCUGUGGGAGUGCCUAAGUGGAGUGGGCAAAGGGGGCAGUGUCUUCCUUGCCUGACAGCCCACCUCUCCUCACAUCCUGUGAAGAGGCAGGCUGAGAGGAGUUGUCAAGGUGACUGAGUUCUUAGCAGCCAGAGCUGGGCUAGGAGAGCCAUAUCUGGGUUCAGCCUAGCAUGGAACCUAGGAUUGGCUGGCUCCCUUUUGCCCUCAGAUUCCUGCCCUGCAGGCUGAUUUGGAAGCUGCCAGUUUGGGAAGUAUAGUCCUUUCUCUGUAGCCAGUACUCUGGUACCUGAGCAGGAACUACCAAACCAAAGGCUAGUUCAUCCAAACACUGUUCAUAAGAACCCGAGACCCUCUCUGCUGUAUGUGCUUAUUGCAACCUUCCUGGGGUUGCAUUUCAAACUGAGACGGUCACACAGAACAAAGACCCGAGGAGACCACACUCUCCCAUCCCCAAAGUAGAAGCCAUACCCUUCACCUCAGAGACCUGGGAAGACCCUCCAAGCCAUUCCCUGGAAGCAGAUAAACAGCCUCACAUGGACUUCAUCCUGUAUACAGAGGAGUAAAGGGAGGUCAUCUGAGAUGCAGGCUAAACAAAUGAUGGAGCAGAGUGGAUGUCACCUGUCGUCACUGUGCGACUGCUGGAUGACAAACUGCAGUAGAGGCCAGUCAGGCUGACCUGACUUCCUUUCAAACAUGCUGUGUUCAUCGAUGUUUUCUCAGCCUCUUCUCACUACCUCGGGGGAAGCCCUUCUCUGGGGGCCUGGGCUGGGAGCCACCACUGCUGUGUGAUAGAGGUGCAGAGAGAGAAGUCCAGAAAGGAGGCCCUUCACCAACAAUGAUUCUAUUUACUGGAGACUGUCUUGGUGCUGGGCAGUGCUGCUACGUGGUUCUCUGAGGGCAUCUUCCAGACCUUACCUUCUUCUGUCCAUUCACACUAGGGCCUCCUUCCGGAGUGCUUGGUGGGCAGCAGGAUAGCGUAUAAACACACAUCACAUGCUCGUCAAGCAUAGCAAGUACUUAAAAUUUGGCGAAGAGUAUCCUGAUCUGACCACCCAUGCCAUCCAGGGUCCCACCAGACAGACUCUGCACCUGGCCUUUGUGAGAAGGAGACUUGACUCGCCAUGUCCCCUGGAUCAGCUUGGCAGUGGUCAUUUCCAUGUGUGACCCUUAAGUGCCUUCCAGAAAUGCUUCAUGUAGUGAUAAGUCAAAAAGUGUAUGUCAGUAGUCAAGCUGCUGUGAGGCUGACGUCUUUGCAAAAGUCACUAUUACAUGUAGCCCUCUUUCUGAAGCCAACAGCCUUCUUUCCACAGCUCUCCCUGAGGAGGGAGGCUCUACUCAACCUCAGGGGCCAGUUUCAGCAUUUUGCAGUGAUUCUGCUUAGAAAAUGAUUCCCUGCAACUAACCGUGAACUUGCUCAAAGCAAAUUACCCAAAUUCUGAAGGCAAGACCUUCAUUCAACCUCAUGAACAAUGAAUGUCAGCUUUCAGAUUCUGGGAGAUUGGUUUUCCUUACAGACAUCUAUUCUGUUAUAUAGCUAUUAAUAUAUUAUAGUUUUGUUAUUGGUGUAAGUUGGUUAUGAAUUUAUGCUGUCACACAUGUCUAUCAGAGAUCAAGAGAACCCCCCCACACACACACCUCUAGACAGAGAAAGUACCUAUGCCUCAUCCUUCAAAGACCAGGAUUAGAGGGGGUUACUCUCAAGCCAUUAGCCUAGGACUAAGCAGGCCCCAGGCAAUGCUUGCUGUUGGGUGAGCCCUUGGAUUGCUUUCCAAUGUCAAAAGCCCAUGGAGUUGGGCUUUUGGGAAGCCCAAUCAAUCACUGCCCUUGAUUUUAUAUCUAGAAGUGGGGUUGGACAGGAACAGCUAUGUCCAUGACAUAAAACAAAAUUAAUACCAUAGUCGUAAUUGAUCAUUUGCCUCCAGCCAGCAAACCUUCCCUCCCUGAUGCGAGAAUAAAGAUAGCGCUUUUGUUUCACUUUGAAAGCAAAGUUUCACUAACUUCCUUGGGUGUAUCAUGUCUAUCAAAAGUAUUGUUAAAUGUGGAUUCUGAACACACUGCACAGAGCCCAAGAGUCCAUUUCUGUGGUUCUGAAAGAGAUCAGGAGGGGUACUUCCCAGGCGCAUGUGGGUGGUCCUUGAACCAUGUGUGGUGGGUCAUUUCAUGCAUUAGAGCCAAAUCUGGUCAAAUUGACCAUAAGGAUCAACCACAAAAGUAUCCUUUGAUCUCUUCCCAGUCUGAGGCCUCCUUGUGGUGCUGCUUCUCCAUGAAGCCUGGCUGGCUUGGGCCAGGAUCCCCACAAUUAGAUAUUUCCCCUCAAUCCCACCCAGCCCUAGGAACUCCCUGUACCAUCUAGCCCCACAAGGGAAGAAUCAAAGAACCAGGAAAAGAAUAGUCUGAAGGGAUUUUUUUCUCCAUCCUUCUUUGACCCUUCUUAGAAGAAGAAAAGGAUGUCUCUAUCAAUUACCCUUUGAUCCAAAGCCUCUGGCAGAAUCCUCACCACAGUCUCAUGAUAGGGGCCAUACUAGUCUCAAGGUUCUAUUUGAAAAUGAAGAAUCAAAAGCCAAGAAGAGCCACCAUGACUCACUUCUCACAAAUGAUUGGCCAGGCUGUCUAGCUCUCUCUGGCUGCUCCAGUCUCUCCCGCCUGAAAGUUGGGGGGUGGUCUUAGGUAGUAGGAAGGCCCUUCUUUUCCCAUUGAAGUUCAUUGGCUUGUGAGAAGGAGCUAGAGGAAACUCUUUAGGGCUGUGUAAGGUGGGUGACAGAGGUGGGGAGACCCAAGAAAUAUUUCACUUACCCACCUUCUAUUUAAGCAUCACGAGAAUGUUAUUGACUAUUCAUCAAACGGGGCCCACUGAGCCCUACAGCGCCACAAGUUAAAGAAGCGCCAUGGAGAAAGGUGGCAAAGAAGAGAAGAUUUUGAGAAGCAAAGACUAUGGGAAUGGGGCAUAGACAAACCUUUCAGGGCAUGCCUCUAUCUGCUGACUGGUUAGCAGAUUCUUCUUAAGAAACAAAGCCAUGUUGUGAUUUUCUUCAAACACUCUCAAAGAUUGAGAGAUACGAUUAAGCUGGGCCUGAAUCCAGUUAGCAUUGAUUUGGCGUUAAAAUGUUAUAUUGUAGAUUUCAAGAGAUUGGUGGUGGGGUGGGGGAGAGAUUGCAAGUCAAAGAAAAAAAUUCUGUCUCUCCCAACUGCAAAAACUAAAUGUUAUAGAAGUAAUGUCUGUCUCCUGUCACUGGUACCAGAUUCAUUAACCUUUCAUCAGAGAUUAAAUAUGCAAACAGGU